UGGGCCCCGCUGGGAAGAGGCCAGGACAGACGGACAAGGAUGGACAGAUUCUGGAUGACCGCUGGACUACAUCUGGCAUCUCUGGUCCCGCGGCCGGUUCAGGCCCAACCCUUGGCCCAGAGGAAGCCGUGGCUGGUGGGGCUCGGGGCCGUACUGGCCGCCCUCUUCCUCAUCUUCGUCCUCAUCAUGGUCUAUGCCAUCUGGUGCAGCCAGCCCCGUGACGGCAAGAAAGAGAAGGAAGAGGGGACCGUGAGAGAGGAGGAGAAAGAAGCAGAGGGCAACGGGGGGCUGGAGCUGGAGGAGAAAGAGGGGCCUCCAGACCACGAAAGAGUGGCAAGCUCCUCUGAAUGAAGUCUUCCCACCUGCCUCCUCCCACCUUCCCAGCCUGGCCCCCUCCAGGCAGGCCUCCCAGGGACGCCAGUGCCUGCUCUGCAGCCUACAAGCAGAGACCUGGUCCUGGGGCCAGCGAAAUUAUUCCAUGUGGGGUUCAGGUGAAGUGUCCCUGAAUGAGGAGCACUCAGGCCCCACCCCAAGUCCCCCGCUUUGCAUUUACCUGGGCAUUUAUACAGCCCCUUCCCAAGCACCCCCUUCCCCUUUGAGCCGGGAAGAGGUCCGGUGGGGGGAAACCAUGCAAAGGCCCUGUGGUGUUUUCCGGGCCCCAGAGCAGGUCCAGUCCUCCAGCCGUCUUGCUUUUGUUUUGUUG